GAUGAUUAGAGCAGCCACAUUGCGCAAGGCCUUAGUGCCUGCCAGAAUUAGAGCAUUCUGUAUGACUCCGUCCCGCUUUGCGGCGACCGCGUUCAAGAUGCCAGCCAUGUCGCCAACCAUGGAGGAAGGCGGGAUUAUCGAAUGGAAAUUCCAGCCAGGUGAGGCAUUCACUACCGGUGACGUGCUUUUGGAGAUCGAAACGGAUAAGGCGACGAUCGACGUUGAGGCGCAAGACGAUGGGAUCUUGGCGAAGAUCUUGCUGAAGGAUGGCGAUAAGAAAAUUCCAGUCGGUCAGACUAUUGCGUUUUUGGCGGAAGAGGGUGAUGUUUUGGCUGAUUUGGACUAUACCGUUGAAAGUGCUGCCCCGGCAACUCCUGCUCCAAAGGAAAUUCCAAAGGAAACUCCAAAGGCGGCAGUUCCAGUCCUGACUCCUGCCCCGGCUCCGACCCCAACAGCCAAACCCCCACAGACCCCAGCCAAGUCUGGAAAGUCUGCCUCUGUUUUUGGGCCUGCCAAUGCUGCCACCAACCACAAGCUCCUUCCUUCUGUGGAGCUUCUCCUCCACAAGAACCACAUUUCGCAAGCUGAUGCGAUCGCAAAGAUCCCAGCGUCCGGACCAAAGGGCCGCUUGCUCUUCGGUGACGUGUUGGCGUACCUCGGCCAGGCCUCUGCGGAUAACAUUAGCUUCUUCACCCUGUACCUCCAGUCGAAGGAGCAUCUCGACUUGUCCAACAUUGUACUCAGGGUUCCAGAAGCGCCUAAGGCCACCAAGCCGGCUAAGGUCUUGCCUCCAACACAGAUCGUCAGAGCAUACGCCUUGCCGAUCGCCCAGACGCAGAAUGCGGGAGGGUUGGCCGAGCUUUUGGACGAUUGCUAUGAGGCUGCCAGUGAGGCCUACGACUCUAGAUACCGCACCAAGUCAGCCCUUGUGGACCCAGUCUUUGAGGAGUUAUUACAGGCUGGUAAAUCCGAUGCGAUCGUUAUGGCUGUCGAGGUGCUCGACGCUGCUGUCCCACCAAAGGCCGCUGCUUUGGACCUUGACGACUUGUUUGAUGACUUGAUGAGCCUCCCAACUCAGAAAACCGUCGCCGAAGCGGCCGUCACCCCUAGCUUGAAGAUCACAGUGAACAUCUCCAAGUCCUACGACGGCUUGGACAGAGCCAGGUUCUUCAUCGACGCGUACGAGCAGUGUUUGAAGGACAUCAGCGAGGUUUCACCGCAACGCAUUGAAGACAAGUUGGUGUAGAGACUUGAAAAGUGAUGAAUGAAAAUAUACAUGAAAAUAUACAUGGGAAACAUUAAACACGGGAGUAGAGGAAAUUCAACGGGGGGGAUAUAGAACCACAGAAAAGUGCACUAUAUUGUGUGAAUAUCAGAUAGGGGAAUGUGCACCGAUUAUAAAACUAAUUCGCAAAACGCACUCUAAAAGCUUCUACUGGU